UGCAUAACCAGCAUUGAUCCUCUGCACGAUGGUCGUGUCUGAUACAGCUAAUUACGUGAUCACCACCAUACUGUUAACGCUUGUCGCUGUGGACAUUGCAGGAAAUACAUUGCUUUGUUUGAUUAUAAAACGACACCUUCAGAUGAGGAUUCCCAUAAAUUAUCUACUCGUGAACCUGGCUAUUUCCGAUAUCCUGUAUGCAACAUUUAUCACACCAAAGAUUGUUGUAAGCUUCAAUAUAGUACACCCGGAUGGAACUGCAGGCUCAGUCCUCUGUAAGUUGGUGACAGGUGGAAAUCUGGCCUGGCUUCCUGGAAUUACCUCAGUUGUUACUUUGGUAGCUAUUGCUGUUGAACGAUAUUAUACUGUGCUUUAUCCACUGGAUCCAGAUAGAAAGCUGACCCACCGUAAGCUUAAGGUGAUCGUCAUUACUUCUUGGGUGUUCUCAAUAAUUUUCAACAUACCAAAAUUUCUCGUCAGGACAUUUGAUAACCAGAAAAAUCAUUGUGUGCAAACCUGGCCCAAAAAGUGGAUGAUUAAAGCCUACAGCUUGGCGUGGUUGUUUCUGGUUGUAGUUUCCGUUGGCAUAAUGAUUGUGUUAUACUCUAAAGUGGUAUACACGUUAUGGUGCAAACCCAAUGAUGGCAACCCACUCAACUAUCAACAACGGGGUGUGCUGAAGGUGCGGAAACGCGUCACUUUGACGGUCAUAACUGUCAGUGUCAUAUUUGCGAUUUGCUGGGGAGCAGAGUCAAUUGAAUACGUGUUAAGAUUUCUCACGACUCUGAACAUUACCUUCGUCCAUAUUACCAUCGUUGACAUGAUGGUGUUGUUUAAUUCAGCUAUUAACCCAUUCAUAUAUGCCCUCCUGAACCAUCAAUUCAGACAGAAGAUCAGUGUGCUUAAGGUACGGAAACGCGUCACUUUGAUGGUCCUAACUGUCAGUGUCAUAUUUGCGAUUUGUUGGGGAGCAGAGUCAAUUGAAUACGUCCUAAGAUUUCUCACGACUCUGAACAUCACGUUCGUCCAUAUUGCUAUCGUUGACAUGUUGGUGUUGUUUAAUUCAGCUGUUAAUCCAUUUGUAUAUGCCCUCCUGAACCAUCAAUUCAGACAGAAGAUCAGCGGAGUGCUGUGCUGCAAAAGUUCUGUGAUAGCACCCAGGCCUCGAGCUGAAACCGGUACGGAGGAAAGUGUUGCUGAUGAAACUAGGCUUUAG